CCUAAGGGUUUCUAUGGCUGAGCAGAGAUUCAAAACCUGGUCUCCAGGGUCUUAGUCCAACCUACGCUCAAACCAGUACACCACAUUGCCUCUUUUUUUAACUAAGUAGCUGAUAUAGAGCACAAGCCACUGUUUUAAAACUACCCUUUUUAAAGCAUUUUAAUUGUAUGUUUUAAAUAAUUAUUAGUGUUGUCCAUCACUUAAUGUUGCUGUUUUGUCUCUUUUAAUUAUAAAUGUACUUGUUUUAAUUGGUAAGCUACUGUGAGUCCUGGUUUGCAGAAAAAGCAAUGCAUAAAUGAAGUUAAUAAUAACUUAAUAAUAAAGGAACAGGAAAAGGGAUGGUGUCACUUAUAGGAUCCACACACUGGUCCCAACCCACCAGUAGGAGGCCAGAUCUCAAUAUUGCAAUCUUUAGCUGGAUCAACAAACUCCCAUUUUUUAAUGAUUGUUUUUAUCGAAAACUUGAGGUGGAGCCCUUGACUUUACCUGCCGUGGCCUAGUGACCUGAAGUUAAUGUUGAAAGUCUCUUGCAGACUGUUUACUAUGAAAGUCAUUAUGUAUUUACAUAAUGAAGGGAUUGGAAUGGGCUGGGACACCUAAGAAGGCGGGAGGCUUCCUUGUUUGGAGUAUCGGGAUGGUUACUCACAGGCUUCUAAGAAGGUGGCAAGGAACAGAAGAGAGCUGGGAUGGAAACAAGCAGAGGAAGGAGAAAGGUGGAGAGAGGAAGAUAGGAAAGAGAAGGAAGACAAGUGAAAUGGAAGAGGCAAGGCUUGUGCAAGGCCAAUGGAAGAGUGGAUGGAACAGUGAGAUGGUGAAUAGCAACAUAGAGAGAAGAGAGUAUCAGGAAGUAUAACUGAAGCUUGAAGAAGUUGAAGAAGGAAGUGAUACUUCUGGCCACAACUGGGGCAUCUAGUUGCUUAUGACCUUGCCAUUUGUCAAUGCGUGGUUUUUGAAGCCUGCAUGGGUAUGAAACUGUUCCCCUGACAUUUGUUCCUCCAAUAACUCUGAAGGCAGAAGAUUAUUCAACCAUGGGAAUGUGAAGCCUGGUGGAUUUCUCUCAGGCUAUAUUCGAGUUAUGAGAAGAUUCCUGGUUAGGCUGAGCUGAAAGGAGACAAGCACAUAUCAGUCCAAGGCAGGGAUUCGCUUUAGCUGUUUCUGUUUCUCUUAAAAUCUACAUAUCGUACUUUGCAAAGAUGGAUCAAUUGCUGGCAGUGAAAAUCGGCUGCUUGGCUGGUGUGUUGGUGAUCACACUCCUUUGUGGCCUCAUCCCAUCCCAGGUCAGAUGGUUCCAGUUCAACAUGGCCAGAGGGAAGCAUCGGCGCAUCCUUAGUUGUAUAGGCUGCUUUGCUGCUGGUGUUUUCCUGGGUGCUUGUAUAAUGCACAUGGUGGCUGAUGCUUUGGGAGACAUCCAAGAGGAAAUUAAAAAGCGGCAGCGACAGGGGAAUAUCAUACACAAGCUGAACAACACCUCUGAAGCUGAUGAUGAUUCUGAUGCAUACCCAUUUGGAGAGCUCAUAAUCUCACUUGGCUUCUUCCUGGUGUUUAUUAUCGAGAGCAUAGUGCUCCACUGCUGUCCCCAGGCUGUACAUGCUCAUGGUGACCAUGAAAGUCAAGACAGUCACAAGGAUCCUCCAGAAUCUCACAGCUCUUUCCGGGCAUUUGUACUCUUCCUCUCCUUAUCCUUCCACUCUGUCUUUGAGGGCCUAGCUAUUGGUGUUCAGAAGCAGGUCACGGCAGCAAUUCAGCUUUGUUUAGCAGUGCUCAUUCACAAGGCCAUUGUUGUCUUUAGCUUGUCACUUAAGUUGGUGCAGAGUGGGACCAAGGUCCGGUGGAGACUGCUCUACUUGGUGGUCUUUGCUCUGAUGUCUCCUGCUGGGAUCAGUGUGGGCAUUGGCGUCUCACUUUCCAACAGCAAUGGGAGCAGCCUGGCUCAAGCUGUGCUCGAAGGAAUAGCAGCAGGGACUUUCUUGUAUGUCACCUUCCUGGAGAUACUUCCGUAUGAGCUGCGUUCACAUGAAAGUCCCCUCACCAAGUUCUUCUUCAUUAGUUUAGGUUUCUGCGUCAUGGCCAUUAUUGCCAUUUGGGCAUGAAAGAUUGUCUGCUUUGUGGUGCCUGGAGAAACCGACAACAACUGUAUCUCAAGGCUCUUCCUCCCAAACAUGCCUCCAUCAGACACUGUUAUAUUUCCACAACUUUACAGAAGAGCUGAGACUACAAUGCCCACUUUAUCAUUUUCUAUGAGACCUAGUUGCCAUUUAGCUCAUUGUUGGCUGUGUGGUACUUGAAAUUUUUUGAGUUUUUGUCUUUCCCCUUUCCCUGUUAAACUAUGAGACCUGAUUUUAAGACUGUAAACUGCCUGAAUGCAUUGGCAGAAAGGUGUAGGCUGAGCACCUCUAUAGGUUUGAUGUUGCAUGAACCCACCUUAAACUUGGAGCCAUUCCAUGUCAUGGAGAUCUGUGGCAUGGUCGAGUGGGGUGUUUCAGGAUGAUGUGGCUAGUAUCCUCCCACCCCUGAGCCAUUGUAUGACCCUGCAUUCUCAAGCUCCCUACUUGCCCAUUCUGCAGACCUCUAUCACCUGAAGUAGCUCCUUCAAGUUUAAGCUGGGUUCUGGCUGGCAUUUGCAAUUGUGGCAAUAGUGCCAUAUGAUCAUGAAUAUAUAGCAUAGGUGAAUACAGAACAGCUAGGCGAAUCCAUAACUACAAUGCAGGAUAACAGCCACUGUGAAAUAAAAAAGCAUGAGGUGAACAACUGCAAGAGAAAAUGAAAGAAUUCUGUGACCAAACAGUGGACUAUGAGGGAAAAGGGCAUCCUUUUCCCUACCAUCUUUCUUGAGCUAUUGGGAGACUACAAUGACCAUCACAGUCUAUCAGGACUAGCUGCCAUGAACACAAUCAAGAUAUGUAUGCAAGCUGUGACAUUACAUGUGCAAUCUGUUACUUCACUACAGGAAAGUGUGUAUGACGUAGAAUACGGAGAAUUUUCAUGAAAGGAAAUUCAGGGUCCAGUAGAGGAAAUGCAAUAUGAAAUAAAGGCUGACAGGAUGUUUUGUGAUGGGAAGUAAAAGGUAUUCUCUCAUCUAAGAUAUUCUCUGAUCACACAUUGUUGACCUUUUAGCAAAAAGUAUGGGAGUUAGUGAGAACUUGUGAGUGAGUGAGAACUGAGAACAUGGGAAGUUAUGUCUGUUCCUGUUACUGCUAUACUGCUGCCUGUACAUUCUUCACACCACCUUUAAAAAGGCAAGGACAUAGUAGUUCCUGAUCAAGGCAUUUCUUCAGUAGAAGAAUUCUUAGUUCUCAGAAUCUGGAAGUAAAAUAUUACUUGCAAUGGAUUGUUGUUGUUUGUCUUCAAAUCAUUUCUGAAUUAUGGUGAAUCUAAGACAAACUUAGCAUGGGGUUUUUCUGGCAGGAUAGCUUUAGAAGAGGUUUGCCACUGCCUUCCUCUGAGGUUGAAAGAGUGUGACUGUGAUUUGCACAAGAUAACAAAAUGGGUUUCCAUGGCUGAGUAGGGAUUACUUCAGAUCGAAUCCAAGUGGGAAUUACUUUACAUUUAACUUCAGAAAUUAGUCAGUUUUUUGUCAAGUGAUUUUAUCCCAAAGCUAUCAUGAAGCCACAAACACAGAAGAAUCCAGUUCAUACAAUAGUGAAAUAAUCUGCUCUAUGAACCAUGUUUAAAGUGAGAACCCUAGUUUAACUGAAGAGAAACAAGGGUUGAUCAAAGACUAUUGAAGGACCAGACUGGUGAAAUAGUAACAUUUCUGGAUUUCAGUGUACUUCGUAAAAGGAAGACUGAAGGUCCUGGUAGUCCAGGUGUUCUGUUUGCUUUCCAAAAAGUAUGUGUCCAGGUGUGUCUCUGGCCAGAUUUUUCAUAGAGUGAGAUGAAUGUCAUUGCCAUUAUAACUGCCACGCACUGCCUGCAAGGACCAGAAGGACAAAUGUGGUUAGCAGAUAAAUGGGGGAAUAGGGUUGCUCUUGGUGAAUUUGUCUCCUUAUGUGCACUUUUCUUGAAUAAGUUUCUUUUCAAUAGAUGCUCUGAAGACCUAUUAAACAGCUAUUAAGUAAAACUUUGCUAUGUAAAAAGUAACACAACUUCUGAAAGGAUAAUUCUGAUGGAUUAUACUUGGGUACAAAUGAAAAAAAAAUAAUUCCUUUUUUAUCAUUUGAAAUGGAAUCAUUAAAACUCAUAGCGAGGAAUUGGGAUCCUUUGGAAGGUCAGAUUUUGUUGGCCUCCAAAUCUCAUCAACUUCAAUCAAUGUGGCCAAAGGUCAGGGGUGAUGGAAGUUGGAGUCCCACAAUUUCUACAGUACUCCAGGUUCUAUACUCCUAUAGCCAUCCUGCUGGUUCAAAACUGUAUUUCCCUUUCUUUGAUGGAGAUCCUCAAGAUGUUCUGAAGGCCUGUAAUGCAUGAGCAUUAAAUGCAAUAAAUUGAGCUCUCCUGAAAAUGAGGGAAGUCAUACUUAAAGUUUGUGAUUAACUGCCCUCGAGUCCACACACAGCUGCACCGAUCUGGUCCCUGAAGGGAGCAAAAAGAAGCUGCAAAAAGCGGCUUCUUUUUAGCUCCCUGGAAGUGGUAUCAUAAGCAGGCCAGUGUGCCAUGAUGACGCGCCUUUGCCGCUGUGCCAUUUGGGUGCUGCACCAGAGGAAUGUCAUCAUGGCUCACCCCAUCUAGAACAGCGCACACCAAAAUGGUGCCUGGGCUUCAUCGUUUGGUCUUGGAGCGUGCGGCCACUCAGCCCUCACCCUGCCCACAUGCCGGCACAAAGUGCGGGUCUGCAUAGCCCCUCUUUCCAACACUCAAACUACUAUACCACACUGACUAGUGAGUAGCAUUCAUUUCAAUUGAUCUACUCUAACUAUGACUAUGUCUGGAUCCAAACUACUGGACAGAAAACACAUGACUAAGUUUUCAUCAGUUUUACUGAUCGUUGGGAAUACUGGAAAGGGAAUUUUUCUACCCUACAAUUAUCACAAUUAUUGUCAAGAAGAAAAUUUAGCACAGGGCUAUCAGGAAACCUCAGGUGUAAAUGAAUCCACCACAGGAGUUACAACUGUAUUCCGCCUUGUCUAUAAAGAAUAUUUUCAAAACAGUCUGGUAGACAUAGCUCUUGGGAGUUAACAGAAGAUACUCAAGGUUUUAUUAAGCAGAUGUUUGAGAGAGCAGACUAGAGUUUAUGAGACAGUAAAGUCUGUUUAACCUGUAAAGAUUUUCAACAUCACUUGUAAGCUAGUUUGAGCACUGUGGAUCUCUGUAGUCCUGGUGUUUUGUGAAUUUCUGAGACUGAAUACGUUCCACUGAGGUUGGGCCCGAAAUCUAAUAAUGUUUAGAAUGACACUACUGCUGAUCCUACUUUUGCUGAUACAACUCCCCAAUAUUGUCAGCAAAAAAUGGAACUAUGGAUGUGAUUGGAGGACAAAAGUUGAGAAGGAUUUAUUUGGCUUUCAAGAGGAUAUUGUCAUUGGUGAAUUUGUCAGUUUUUUGAUUUCUUUAUUGAACGAGCUUCCUUUUAAUAGAAUGCCACAGAAAAUAAUAAAUGGAUAGUAGGUA